CGUCGUUCUCGGCGGCCGCAGCUGCCGCUCCUUCCCCUCGCCACGGUCUGAAGCGCCACCGGGCAGGCCCAGCUCUGCCUCCCGCCCGUCCUCCGCCCCAUUCUUCCUUCCUCGACCGGGACCUGUUUGUUGUUUUCUCAAUGAGCAGAGUGGAAUCCGACUUUGCCCUUCUGCCGUAGCGCCAUUCCUCUCUUUUUCCUUCCAAGGCGAAAAGAAGGCCGGUUUCUUUCGUUUUUCUCUCUCUCUCUCUCUCUCCCCCUUUUCUCUUUCUAGUCCCCCAUCCUCUUUGUGUCUCCCAUGGCUUUGUGUCUGGAACUAUUUAAACAAUGUUCGGCAUGCCUAGUGGGCUAUAAAAAGACACCACCACCAGUCCCACCUCGGACCACCUCAAAGCCGUUCAUCUCUGUCACAGUGCAGAGCAGCACUGAAUCGGCACAGGACAACUAUCUGGACAACCAGGACCACAAGAGUGAAGUCAACAGCCAGUCAGGACUGAGUAAUUCCUCAGAUAGCUUAGACAGUACUAGGCCGCCUAGCGUAACAAGAGGAAACAUCAUCACUCCAGCCAAUGAGCCUCCUGAAUUACCCCAGAAAAAUGCAUCCUUGAAGAGUGACAAAGGAACGUUGACUAACGAAGAACCAAAGGUGGAGAACAUCCCCAAAAGGAAGCUGUCAUCUAUAGGAAUACAAGUUGACUGCCUUCAACCAGUGGCAAAAGAGGAGCUCCCUCCAUCAGCCACCAAAUUCCAGUCCAUCGGGGUACAGGUAGAGGACGAGUGGCGCAACAGCCACUCUCACAGCAUGUCCAACAAACAGGAUACAGAUUCUGACUCACAGGAGCUGAAUAAUUCUACCUGUAAAUCAUCUGAAAGAAGCCUUGCUGAUUGCUCCCCCUGUAACAACUCCAACAACCUUGAUGCCAACACGAGGCAAACAGCCAUGCCCUCUGAGAUCAAGAAAAACCUCUCCUAUGGAGAUAGCAAUGACCCAGCCCUGGAACCUUCCUCUCUCCCUCCUCCUGAUCCUUGGCUUGAAACGUCCACCAACACUCCAUCAGAACCAACGCAGCCAGGAGCUUGCCGAAGGGAUGGGUACUGGUUUCAGAAACUACUGCAGGCAGAGACGGAAAGGUUGGAAGGGUGGUGUCGACAGAUGGACCAAGAGACUAAAGAGAACAAUCUAUCUGAAGAAGUCUUAGGCAAAGUCCUCAGUGCAGUGGGCAGUGCACAACUACUAAUGUCACAGAAAUUCCAGCAAUUCCGUGGCCUUUGUGACCAAAAUUUGAACCCCAGUUCCAACCCUAGGCCCACAGCACAGGACCUUGCAGGGUUUUGGGAUCUCUUACAGUUGUCCAUUGAAGACAUCAGCAUGAAAUUUGAUGAGUUGUACCACCUAAAAGCAAAUGGUUGGCAGGUGACAGAGCCAUUGGAGAAGAAGGAAGAAAAGAAACCUCCCCCUCCUGUGCCAAAGAAGCCAGCUAAACUGAAAUCUCAGCUAAACCGGGAUAAGGCAUCUGACUCGGUAGACAAACAGCGCCAGGAAGCUCGCAAACGCCUCAUGGCAGCCAAGCGUGCUGCCUCUGUUCGACAGAACUCUGCCACGGAGAGCGCGGACAGCAUUGAAAUCUAUGUUCCUGAAGCGCAGACCCGUCUUUGAGCAAAGAGAAGAGGAAGAAAACACUUUUUUCACGCCAUUAAAAGAAAAAAAAGGUUCACUAAACAGUAGUGUGAUUUCUUUGGUCUAGAGACACCAGAGCCAACCCUGCUAAGGGCUCCCAAUUAGACCUUUCCUGGUUCUGUGGUUUGGUUUUUCUCCUCCCCAUCUUUCACGCUGGCUGUGGUGUGGCUGAACAAACUUUUGGAAACACAGUCCUUUACACUUGGAACUGCAGCCUUUUUACUCGUCAAUCUAAUGAGAAUUAUUAGCUUGUUUACAUGAAAUAGACUAAAUUGAAACAAACGGCCCCCUUCCACCCGCCUUCAGCACUUGCCAUGCUGUGCUCCCCCCGCCCUCGCCCUCGGGUAUCCGUUCUGUCUUCUGCUCCAGAGAGCCUCUUUCUCUCCACCCUCAUUGUUCUUUCUUGUAUUUUAUAGUUCUUCUCUUUGCCAUCCUUUUCUCUGCAUGGCAUCAUUUACUGUGUUAAAGGUAAACUCUUCUACAGUGCUCCAGAAGAAGACACCUGUGUACUCAGUGUGUACUCUUGCACUCUGCUAAUGAGCAGCCUUUGGUUUUCUUAUGUAUUAUUUUUGUUAUAGAUGGGUUGGGAGCGGGUGGCCAGGGUUGGGUUGGGGGAGGCAGUAAGGCUUUGGAGUUAAUAUAUCUUGUAGUCCAAUGAUGUAAACAGAGGGCACGAUCUGUGGGAUAUAAACAAUGUGUUUGGUUAUAAUAGCCUGGAAGCAAAAAAUGUGCAAUAAGAGAAGUAUUUUGUCUGCACACCCCCAUGAAAAGUGCUGCAAAAGGAGGAUUUCCCAUCCAGGGCACCCAGAAAGAAACACAGCAAGGUGGAUUCACGUGUUGCUACACACACUUUUAUUUUUCCCACACUCUCUCCCCUUUUGCAAUUUUUUGUAUGUGAUUUUGUGUGCAAAGAUCAAUGUGUAAGAAACCAGCUGCUAUACAAAGGGUGGGGGGAAACUAUUUCAAAGUUGUAGGUAUGUGUUCUACAGUGAAAGACAAUGGUUUUUGUACUGAAAAAGAGAGAUACUAGAUGGUUGGCAGUUUGCCUACCUGUAUGUAUGUGUACAUAUGCACAUAUACACUUAGUAGAAUAUGUAAAUUUAACACAUACCAGUGCAUACAUAGCCAAUCACACAUACACACAUUCAGAUGGUGUCUUUAAAAAAGCACCUCCAAGAGGGUGGGUAUAUGUAUAGCAUAUAUUUUUACAUGUACUAUAGCUAGUUGUGUGUAAAAGUGUGUGCAAAAAUAUAUACCCUGCAUAUUCUCUCAGCCAUUCUGGCCCCUUGUGUCCCAUAUUUUUGGAGGAACCAUCACGAAAUUACACUUUGACCUUCCUCUUUCCCCCUGCACACCUAUUUUGAACUAAUUGGUGGAGCCAGGAAUCAAAUAGCUAAAUCUAAGUUUCUCCUCUGCCCUCCGCACUGCCCUGUUUUCCACUUGUACAUUUCUCUGAAAGCUGUGCACUGUAUUUGGGGAGAAUGAGAAAAGGUAUUCAGUGAAUAGCCUAAGGUGACCAGAACCCAAAAGAAGUUUUAUAUUGGUAUAUUAAUGAAUUGAAGAUCACAUCAGUGAAUGCUGUAUAUGGUGUCCAUGCAUAGGGAGUGUUAGAUUCCUACCUGCCCACUUAAUGUACAAUUUUGUAAUCUGUGAAAGCUUGGCCAUAUAGAGUAUGGCUUCAAAAGAGACUUGAUUUAUUCUAUUUUCCUCCCCCUCUCCAAUAACUUUACUUUGAUGCUAGAGGGUGCUUGACUAACUUUUGAAACAAGUGGCUGACUUUCACAGUUCUUCCUAUUAAAAUUUGAAAUGCUUGGAA